CCUCGUGGGAGUGGUAGGGGCUAAUGGAUAUAUCUUCUCUUUAUUGUGAUCUGAAGCAGAUCAUCGUUGCACCAUCUGCUCGGCAUAAAUUCGUCCCGAUGGCUAGUCGAGUCUACGAUGCUCUUCCUCGCGGGAGUGGAAGUCGAGGUUUGAGCUUUCAUCUUCCGCAAAGCAAAUCAGAGCGAAGCAAGAUGUGGACGAGCCGGCGAAUGAUGGUCGUAGACGUGAUGUCCAUGCUGGCAUCUGUGGCAAUUUGGUCGUUGCUUUUGGGAGGGGCUGCAGCCUCCUCUCCUCCUGCAGAGGAUCUUCGGGCCACCUCCGAGUUCGGCCUGUUCGGGCCUCAGGCCUGUUGUUCUCAUUCCUCUGCAUCAAUAUUGGGACAUGGUGUCCUCGUGCGAAACCCGCUCGGGUGACUCUGAACGACUGCGAGAUGGAAUGUGAUUUUGAACUUGGUAUUCCAUAAUUUUAUAUUUUAUAAAGACGUGCUUGUGAAAUAUAAAAUUAUUUCACAAGCACGUCUUUCCUCGACCCAGAAUCUAUCUGAAAUCUGGUAUUAUAUGCUUGUGGUGUCAUGCGUACACCUGAGUCAGCACUUACUGCUAUGGAAUCGACUCAACGAGCGAAAUUGCUGGGCAUUUUCUGUACAGCAUUGGAACCGUCGCCUGGAAGUGGAUUUGGUUUCAAUCUCUUCGUUUGGGUUCAUCGUUGCAUGCAUUGGAGAAUUCAUUUCUUCUAGGUACGGAAGAAGAUCAGUCAGCAUGUAUCUCACGAAGCCGACGACGGAUGGGCUGAUGGCGACUGCGCUCCCUUAACUCGAUCAUCUGCAAG